CCGGUUCCGGACAAGCGCUACUCAAAACGGCCUUGUCUACAAACACUAAACUCAUUUCAGAUAUAAUUUUUGCGCUGCGCCUUUGUUUAUCACUAUGCAAAGACCAGAUUUCCGAUAUCCAGCAAAUACAGCUGGACUACUUCCGAGACCAGGAGGAUUUAGGAGUCCGCCGCCAGGUUUCGUAGGUGGACAAGGUGGCAUGUUUUCUCCCCCGCGGGGUUUUGCAGGCGGCCCACCGUCGCCAUUUGGACCGAGAUUUGGACAGUAUUGUGGUUCUCCAAAUUCUCCUCCAGGAGAAUUUAGAGGUAGUAACAAUAGUUUUAACCGCGGCGGUGGUAGCAGUGGUAAAACAUGGCAGCAUGGCGCUUCUCCAGGCCAGUACACACCACGUACACCGUAUGCAAACCAUCGCGGUAAUUCUCCUAGACAGUCGCCGUUUCAGUCUCCGAGUCCAAGACACAGCGGAUAUCAGGGCUCACCCCGGAACUCCACUCCGUUCAGGUCACCACAUGGCAGGGAAAGGGUGGCAGAUAAUGUGGAAAAGUAUUACAAACCGUCAAUGCUACAAGACCCCUGGGCUGAUCGCGAGCCAGUCUCAGUUACAGAUGUACAACAAAAAUGCGGUAAACCGCAAGCAACAAACACAGGCAGGCAAGGCAGAUACUACAACUAGAACUUUAUGGACUUCACACAUCGGUGAUGAAAUUACCUGACCGAUCCUAUAUUUUUUUUUACAUUGGAUGGCUACCAUGUGGCCUGACAGAAUUUGCGGGCUACAUGUUUGAUGUAUUGGAGUUGAUGUCAGGAUUCACCAGCGUUACAGGAAGUUGGCUUAUUGCUAUUCUAUUACCCAAAACUAUCACUGCCUUCUGGUGUUUCAGAUUUAAACUAGGGAACUUUGGCUUUGCAGUUCGACACGCAGGGUGUGUCUCGUAUGCAACCUUUCAUGAGUUGUGGAAUGGACUAGGUCCAUCUAUAAUCCUUUAUUUACAGAAUUAGUUCCAGGGCAUUUGAUUUAAUUUUAUCAUUGAUUUUGUUUUUUACCAAGACAUUUUAUGCAUACAGUAAGAUGUAUAGAGUUGGACUGUGGAUGAACCAACAAAUGGGGAAAUUGCAUUACCAGCAAGACCACUUUGUAUUGAACAGAGUUUGGCCAAGCUAUUUUAUAUAUUUUUAAGUCAUUUAAUAUACAAAACCACACGCAAUACAAUUGAUUCAACUCAGGACUUUAUAAUGUCAGGUCUUGAAAAUAUUUUCAAGUUCAGUCAUACCUGUGUGGUCGACUGAUUUAUGUUAGUUUGUAUGGUGAAGUAUCUUCUUUGUAAGGAAUUGGUAUUUGAGGAAAGCAAACCUCAAUGUCAUGUCACUGGUCAUGUAAACUCUGGCAGAGAAUUGUGUGCCACCAGUUUUUAAACUCCAUCUAAGUACUUUGUAUGUAAAUAUAAGAGUAUAUAAAAUCCGUUUCGAUA